AUGCCUAUUCCAACUCCCCAUGGUGGUGUUUUACAAGAUUUAGUAAUUAGAGAUGCUGCUAAACAACCGCAAUUAUUAAAAGAAUCAGAAUCUUUACAAUCAUUAACUUUAACUCCAAGACAAUUAUGUGAUUUAGAAUUGAUUUUAAAUGGUGGGUUCUCUCCAUUAACUGGAUUCCUUAAUGAACAAGAUUAUAAUUCCGUCGUUUCUGAUUUAAGAUUAUCAACUUCUAUUAACCCAGCUACUGGUAAAGGUUAUUUAUGGUCAAUUCCAAUCACUUUAGAUGUUGAUGAACCAACUGCUUUAUCUUUAAAAUUAGGUCAAAGAAUCGUUUUAAAAGAUUUAAGAGAUGAAAAAUUAUUAGCUAUCUUAACUAUUGAAUCCAUUUAUAAACCAAAUAAACAUGUGGAAGCUAAACAAGUUUUCCGUGGUGAUCCUGAACAUCCAGCUGUUAAAUAUUUAUUUGAAACUGCAGGGGAUUAUUAUAUUGGGGGAUCUCUUGAAGGGUUAAAUUAUCCAACUCAUUAUGAUUAUGUUGAAAGUAGAAAAACUCCAACUGAAUUAAGAAAAGAAUUCCAUAAUUUAGGUUGGGAUGAUCAAAAUAUUGUGGCUUUCCAAACUAGAAAUCCAAUGCAUAGAGCUCAUCGUGAAUUAACCAUUAGAGCCGCUAAGGAUAUUGGUUCAACCGGUCAUAUUUUAAUUCAUCCUGUUGUUGGUUUAACUAAACCAGGUGAUAUUGAUCAUCAUACAAGAGUUAAAGUUUAUACUCAAAUUUUAAAAAAAUUCCCUGAUGGUUUAGCUACUUUAUCUUUAUUACCAUUAGCCAUGAGAAUGGGUGGUGAUAGAGAAGCUUUGUGGCAUGCAUUGAUUAGAACCAAUUAUGGGGUUGAUCAUUUCAUUGUUGGUAGAGAUCAUGCUGGUCCUGGUAAAAACUCUCAAGGUGUUGAUUUUUAUGGUGCUUAUGAUGCUCAAGAUUUAUUAAAACAAUAUGAAGAAGAAUUAACCAUUAAAAUCGUUCCAUUUAGAAUGGUGACUUAUUUACCUGAGGAAGAUAGAUAUGCUCCAAUUGAUACCAUUGAUUUAUCAAAAGUUAAAACUGCUAAUAUCUCCGGUACUGAAUUAAGAAAUAAAUUAAAAACUGGUGAUGAAAUCCCAGCUUGGUUCUCAUAUCCUGAAGUGGUUAGCAUCUUACGUGAAACCAAUCCUCCAAGAUCUAAACAAGGUUUCGUUAUUAUAAUUGAUAAUGAAGAAAAAAUUGGUGAUUAUUUAUCCUUUGCUUUACAAUCUACUUUAAAUCAAUUCUCAGGUGAAAGAAGAAUCACCAAAUUAGGUGAAAAUCAUUUAGAUUCAUUCCUUAUCAAUGAAUUAGUUAAAGCUGGUUCUGGUGUUAUUGUCACUACUAACUCCUCUAUCAAAAGUAUUAUUAAUGAAGUUGGUAAUGGUAAUUCCAUCCUCGUUAAAUCAGGUCAAGAAUCAGCUGUGGUCAAUGGUUAUGCUGCUGAAUCUAAUGUCUUCACCAUCUCCAAUCCAAAUGAUUUAACUGUCGUCAUUAAAGAAAUCACUACUUAUUUACAACAACAAGGUUUCUAUUAA